AUGGUUCGAACCGGAGUUCAUCGGGAAGCUGAUAUCAUCGAGAAAGCCAGGCGAGCCAACGAAGGGAAGCCGUUCAAGAUCUUCCAUUAUGCCGGUGAAGUGACGGUGCUGCCGUCGGAGUAUGCAGACUUGGUCGCUUUUGAUAAACGGCUGUCGCUGGGCGCAUACCUCAAGAAGGACUUCCAUACGCACCUCUCUGGCCUGAAUCCGAUUGCUGCUCUUCACGAUGAGCAGAUGCUUCUGCACAAAAUUGUCAGACGUUUCUCGAAGAACCUGGCGCGAGACGACUUUCGGAGACUGCUCGUUUCUCAGGCCGUGCAGAACACCAACAGAUUGUUGGGUCAUACACAAGGAUGGUCUGAGAUUUGCAUCUACGAUUUCGUUCUCGACUCGGUAGCUCGCCUUGAUGUCCGUGCUCUUUGGGGCGAGACGCUGUCAAACAACGAGGAAUGGAUCGCACUGGCCAAGACGUACAUGCCGAGCGCUGUUGCAGCAGCGAUACAACUUAGUAUUGCACCAAAACCUAUGUACUAUCUUGUGCGCUUGUUAGCGCCCGACUUCAGGAGAGUCCUUAGAUUGGCGAGACAAGCAGAGGAUAUAAUCGUGCCGAUUGUGGAAGAGCGUCGCAAAUCAAAAGCCCAAGCUAUUGCAGAUGGCCUGCUUCCAUCAUUGUUCGACGAUGCUUUCGAAUGGGCGGAGAAAGAGUCUAUGGGCUCUGAAUACGAUAUUGCAGGCACCCAGCUGGCCCUCCUAAUAUCCGCAGUGCACACUUCUGCAGAUCUAAUCACGCAAGCACUGAUCCUGCUCGCACAACGACAGGAUGCGGUUUGCCAAUUGCGUGAAGAGAUCGAGAGGGUGCUGGUAGCAGAGGGUCUCGCUAGAGGAGCAUUCCAGAAGAUGAAUUUGUUGGACAGCACCAUCAAAGAGACUUUGCGGAUUAAGCCUGCCGGAAACUUCUCGGUGCAGAGAAAUAGCUCGAGUGACGUUCAGAUCACUCCUGAGCUGAAGAUAUUGAAGGGCCAGAGUAUGGUGGUCGAUACCUCCAGGCGACUCGAUGCUACAGUAUUUCAGGACCCAGAUAUCUUCCAGCCAGAUCGAUUCCUUCGGUUGCGGCAAGACCCUAGAUGGGGAGCAAAAGCGUUGUUGGUAUCGACGAGUUCAGAGCACCUCGCUUUCGGGCAUGGAAAUCAAGUAUGUCCUGGUCGCUUCUUCGUCGACUUGAAGGUCAAGAUAUUGCUCUGCCAUUUGCUCCUAUCCUUCGACUGGAAGUUGGCGCCAGGAACGAACACUGAGCCGAGCGCGAUGGGUCCGUUGCUCAUUGCGAAUCAGAAGACGAGAAUUCUGUCCAAGCGGCGUGAGGAUGCGUUCGAGAUGAUGAAGCUGUGA